GCACCGACCGCUCCCGUCCGCGCCCUCCCUGCACCGAGCGCUGCUCUCCCCGGCCGCUCGGACCGCACGGACCGCACCGCAGCGCUCCCGCCGCCGCCCCGGCCGGGAGCCUCUGACCCACCAUGACGUUCAAGCAAGCGUCCAUGAUGGCCCCAGAGGCCACAGCCAGCACGCUGCCCAUGAACACGAUGGAGAACUCCACUGAGGCUGCAGGGCCAGGCGAGAGCAAGGAGGACAUGUUCACCAAGCUGAGGGACAAGUUCAUGAAUGAGCUCAACAAGAUCCCCUUGCCACCCUGGGCCCUCAUCGCCAUUGCAGUCGUGGCUGGACUCCUCAUCCUCACCUGUUGCUUCUGCAUCUGCAAGAAGUGCUGCUGCAAGAAGAAGAAGAACAAGAAGGAGAAGGGCAAAGGCAUGAAGAACGCCAUGAACAUGAAGGACAUGAAGUCAGGCAACCAGGACGAUGAUGAUGCGGAGACAGGUCUGACAGAGGGAGAAGGUGAGGAAGAGGAGAAGGAGCCAGAGAACCUGGGCAAGCUACAGUUCUCACUGGACUAUGAUUUCCAGGCAAACCAGCUCACAGUGGGGAUCCUCCAAGCUGCUGAACUGCCAGCUUUGGACAUGGGAGGCACCUCAGACCCCUAUGUCAAAGUGUUCCUGCUCCCUGACAAGAAGAAGAAGUAUGAGACCAAAGUACAGAAGAAGACCCUCAACCCUGCCUUCAAUGAGACCUUCACCUUCAAGGUGCCCUACCAGGAGCUAGGUGGGAAGACGCUGGUGAUGGCCAUCUACGACUUUGAUCGCUUCUCCAAGCACGACAUCAUCGGUGAGGUGAAGGUGCCCAUGAACACUGUGGACCUGGGCCAGCCCAUUGAGGAGUGGCGAGACCUGCAGAGUGGCGAGAAGGAGGAGCCAGAGAAGCUGGGAGAUAUCUGCAUCUCCCUCCGGUACGUGCCCACAGCCGGGAAGCUCACAGUCUGCAUCCUGGAAGCCAAGAACCUGAAGAAGAUGGAUGUUGGGGGCCUCUCAGAUCCCUACGUGAAGAUCCACCUGCUGCAGAAUGGCAAGAGGUUGAAGAAGAAGAAGACCACAGUCAAGAAGAAGACCCUGAAUCCCUACUUCAAUGAGUCCUUCAGCUUUGAGAUCCCCUUUGAGCAGAUACAGAAAGUGCAAGUGGUCAUCACAGUGCUGGACUACGACAAGCUGGGGAAGAACGAAGCCAUCGGCAAGAUCUUCACAGGCUUGAACUCCACUGGCACGGAGCUGCGGCACUGGUCCGACAUGCUGGCCAACCCCCGGCGGCCAAUUGCCCAGUGGCACUCGCUGAAGCCGGAGGAAGAAGUAGAUGCAGCUCUUGGGAAAAACAAAUAGCUCUGCUGUCCGGCGCGGCACUGUGGACAGUUGACCCAGAGCUACUGAUACCUCAGUUCUGCAGCCUUCCUUUUGGUUUUUUGUUCUGUUUUAAGCUGAAAUGCCCUUUAAUGCCUCUGGAAGGGUAUCCAGGCAGUCCCAAUAGCUUCCAGGGGAAGAGGUUAAAGACACGGAUGGUUCUUUUUGUUCUUCAGCAUCGCUCCCUUCUGCUGCAUGUCCCAUUGCCUCUGUUUGCCAUCCCUUCCCAGUGCAAAGCCACUGGCACACCUGGGACCUUCCCCAGCAGCUGUGUCACCAGCCUGCAGCACUGCUGCCACCAUCCUGCCCUUGGGAUCACGUGGGGAACCGUGAAACGUUGCAUGGAGGUGAUACUGGAGCCUGAUGGUGUGAGAUGACCAGACCCACCGUGCUUGGCUGGGGCAUGACAAGCAGUGAGACAGAAAAUUGGUGCAGAAGACCCUCUGAAGAGACCCAGGUGCCUCCCCCUGUCCCUCCCCAUGGAAGGCUGAGUGCCCCUGGCCAGCUCCAGGUUUGGAGGCUGAGGAGAGGCUUGCAGGAGCUAUGGAUCCUUCUGUGGUGGUGGGGUGCCAAGCCCUCAGUGUUGCAGCAGGAACUAUGGAGACCAGUCUGGGCACAGGGAGCAUCAGGAGAGCUGCUUCAAGGAGGCAUAAGGUGAAAUGUGGAUGCACCAGCAGCAUUGUGUGGAUCACCACCAGCACCAGCACCAGCACCUCUGUUUUGUCCCCAGAGGGGCAGCGCUGGGUGAUUUGCAUCUGUGUCCCACCAUGCUUGGUGAAUCCCAUAGAUGAAAAUGUUCCACAAGGAGGUUUGCAGUGAGAGGUCUCCAGAUGUGAUGGGGACAGUCCCCCAUAGCUGCACCAGGUGUCUCCCCAGGGACCGUCCAUCGCAUGUCCCAGGACUCAGCUGCACUGUGGGCACCCCCAGCCUCAGGGCAGCUGGGGGGCCAUGGGGAGCUCCAGCCCCACCACCUGCUGCAGGUGGGGAUGGCAAGAGCAAGCCCAGGGCAAACAAGGGACCAAAGCCCCUGACCUCCAUGAGCUGCUACUCCCCACCAGGCCAUUGGCUGUUGAACCCACUCUGUCCUGCUCCCCUUGGGGGGUAUAAGCCAUAUCCAUGACCCUGACAGUGGCUAGCAGCUACUUUAGGCUACUUCUCCAGGCUACUUCUCCCAGUGCCCCAGAAAAGCUCCUGAGUCAGAAAGCCAGCACAGUUCUCUGCAGCUGGGAGAGGGUCCAGCAGCCCUGCCCAGUUCAGUACAAUCUGUACUGGAGCACUGAUGUUAGCUCAUGUCCCUGUCCCAGCUCCACAGCAGCCUCAUGCUCUGCUCCCUUGGCUUCCUUGGACUCAGUGCUGGAGGUUCCAGCACUGCAACAGUGAAGGGUUGAGCCCCAGGGAUUUGCUGACACUGGGAAGGCUGCUCUGGGGGUUCAACACCUGGGACCAAGGAGCAGGGUGUCCUGGGUCCAGGGACAAAGUGCCAAAACUGAUCCCAGUGCUGUUGGAUGCUUUGACAGCUCCCACAGCUCUGACUUCCCAAAGGGCAUCCUCUCCAGAGGUGGGCAGAUCGUGGGAAACGUGGUGGCAGCUGCUGGGUUUAAAACUUGGGUUGGGGGGUUCAAAUGGGCAUGGGGGACCAACCCCUGUCCCAGGAGGGUUGUGCAGCUCUGGGACAGGUCCCCAGAGCAGGACAUCUCCAUUCGUGGGAGGUUUGGGGCUUGGAUGGCCAAGCUGCAGUGUGGGAAGGGGUUGUUGGACAGGGACCUCUAAUGACCACCUCCACCACCCUGCACUUGGCCUAUGUCCUGAUGAAGGUGUCACUGGGACCAUGCUGGGCCUCAGGAAUCAUCCAACCAGUGGUCUUUCAGGGCCAUCUCCAGCUUUAAUGAGUCCCUUUUCCUAAUAGAUGUGUCAGUGUCUACAGAUGGGGUCCUGUCCUGUCCCUUUAGCCAAAGGGAGAAGUCUUGGGAUGCUUUUAAUAAUGGGGAGCUGGAGUGGGGCCAAUGUCCCAUGGUCAGGAGCACUGGUAGGACUCAGUCUCAUUUUGGGGUCCAUCCAGGCACCAGAAGAGAGAGUGUAUGGGGGUGUUUGCCUUACAUGGAAUGGGUUAAAAGAGGAGAAAUUAGAAAAAGCACUGAAAUCCUAAUGUUUGCAGCCAGUGACUGUGUGUGGCCCCACAGCCUUCCCAGGAAAGCAGGUGGAGGUGUGCACACCUGCAUACAUGCACACCUGCAUACAUGCAAACACGCACAUCACACCUGCACAUCUGCAGACCUGCACAUUUGCACACACCAGAUGCGCCCCCUCUUGUGCGCUCCCCUCUGCCCUGCCACUCCCUGCCCCAGACCUGCCGCAUGGACCCGGCUCUCGCCAGGAGUGGAGAUCCCGCCUGGCUGCUUUCCAUUUAGACUCUUUAAGCCUUGAGGGAGGGGGAAGACUGUGACUUUAAUACAUGAUUUAAUUUUUUUUUAAUAAAAAAAGGGAAAACCAACCAGCCAACAUCCUGAAGCCAUCUGCGCUGCCUCUGACCCCCCCUUAGCUGUGUGUAGGUAAAUUAUAUGGAGACAUAGCUGUAUAUACUACGAGCAGUGCAUGUGAUGCAGCCACGUAGCAGUAGCAGCAUGGCCCGAGCCCAGCGGCGCUGCCACCGCCCCGUCCCCAGCUCCGGCCAGGGAGGAGGCGGCGACUUCCAAGACUCAUCGCUCGAGAGCUCUCCUCCCGCCCUGAUUUUUUUCCCCCCAAAUUAAAUGAAAAUCCCCAAUUAAAUCAUAUUAAAGAAAAAAAUAAUGCCAAGAAGCAAAGCAUGCCAAAGCCCGGCCCGCCGGCGGAGGGUGAGCUGUCACCGCCGCAGCCGUGGCGUCCAUGCGUGUCGUGUUCCUGUAUCUUGUCGCGUUUGUCCCAUGGCCGGGUAGCAGCAACAUCGUAGCUUUGGUGUCCUGUGUCGCGUUGGUGCAUUUCACCGUCAGAGCAACUUUAGAAGCCAUAUUAGAGCACGGUGCACCGGGACCCCACGGGGACAGGCCCACGGUGAGCCGUGACCUCCUUCCCCCAUGUGUCCACGUCCCCCCCGUGUCGUGGGGCUCGGGCUCCAGGAGCCGCAGCGGCAUCGGGUGCCGGGCGAGGGGAGGGGACAACGCUGGGCACAGAUGUUGGGGUCGACCUGCCGGUGGUGAAAAGGCUUUUUGGAGCAAUUUGGGUUAUUUCUGCUAUGUCCAGUCGGUGUUUCUGUUUUGAGAGCUGGCACUUCUCUCUUCUGGCGGCACCGCGGAGCAAACCCAGCUGUGCCGCAGAGAUGCUCCCGGGGUUCAAAAAGGAAGUGAACCCACGGGUCUUGGCAACAGACUCGGGUUCCUUUUCCUUUUUUCUCCCGAUCUGGGAGGGAGGAGCCAGCUCCUUCGGGAGUCGCAGGCUCGGCCAUUCCUGGACCCGCGGUGCCGGCCCCGCUCUGCCCCAGCCCAGCCCCGCAGCGCUCGGCUCCGGCGGAAGCUGCUUUUAAUGCCCUUUCCCCUCGUGUGGACUCUGUUGUUCCGUCUCUGAUCGUUUGAUGGUUAUUUUGUAAUGAUUUCCGUCUCCUUAUUAAAGAAACGAGCUGAAAGGA